CGCCAGUUUCAUCUGCCAGCGUAAACGUUACCAAGCAACCUACGUAUACGACGGUCGGCUCGAUUUACAACCCCAAAGCGGCGACGCCGAUUCAGCCACCCACUCGCCGCGCAAGGACGCGUCGAUGUCCACCACCCUUCCGCUCCCCAUCCGGUGAACCCUACCCCCCCUUCACGAACGCGUUGUUGUCGGCGUUGCCCGUGAGCGAGCAAGCUCCGCUAUCCCCUCCGACUACAGCAGCCACGCUGCGGCAAUACUCCCCGCUGCAGCAGAACUACGACCGAGCUGUCAGUCCGGCGCCAGAGCGAGAGAAUCCAAGACUUACGGCAGGCGGAAUGUCGACUGUGCCUAGCAUCCGUCCGGGGAACUUGCCUUCCCCCGUGGGAUUUGGAGGCAAUGACAGCGUGGCGUCCGAGGAUUCCUUAACUUCUCGCAUCACCGUGAAGUCGCUCACGAACUUAGCCUCGUACUCGAAUCCGAUGCAGAAGGCUGCCCAGAAGGCCUUAGCGAGAGCUCGAACUGCCAAUCUCGGGGUCCACCGUGCAGAAGCCUCUUCGCAAUUCCUCUCUCCAGGCUCUGAUGUUUCCAAAGACCGUCUGCCUGGCACGUACCGCCCAACGCCUGGUGCAGCUGGGCCGCCGCAGCCCCUGACGGCAGGCCCGCCCGGCCACCGACCCUACAAGCCGUCGUCCCUGGAAGCGGCGUCCAGGAUUCCUCAUUUGGAUGGCCAGUCUGUCCAGGCUCCGCUGAAGACGACGACGACGACGACGACGAGCGGCUCCCAAUCCAGAUCCCCACCGAUGGGUCUCCCAUACACCAUCGCCUCCAGCGUCCUGGCUACAAUCGACGAUGAUGACAAGGUUGAAGGCACUAUCCAGCCGGGUCCUUUCCGUUUCGACGAGACAAAUCACGGUUCCCUGCCAUACAAUCAGCCCGAGCUCACGGGAUACCGACAUCCUCCCACCGAAAUCCCCUCUGAAACGACCGCAACAUCUGUGGAGCAUGCCAAACCUAAGAUCCACGACACCCUCCCGCCUGAGCGCAUCGAAAAGUACUAUCCCAGGGGCUUCCCUCAUAACUACGUCGGCCGUCACCAACCGGUUAAGGAGGACGGGUAUAUGUCCUUCCCAACCAUGAACGGCCAGCUCGCGCAGAAAGCAUGCCCGGAACAGGUAAACAGGAUCCACCAGAACUUCUAUGCCGGCUCGAAGGCAUUCACCAAAAAGUUGGACUCGCUUGUGGGCGAUAAUAACAAUCGCUGCUUGGAAAGCAAGGUUGGAAUCAUUGGCGAAGAGCGGGAGCGGCUUCGCGGGAGCAACAUCGAGAAGUUCGGUGCCGAUGGCGAAAUCCAGUCACAGUUUUUGAGUGUCGAGGAGGCAAACAGGAUGAAUGGGAGCGACGCCACAAGGCCUCUGAUUGAAUUGGCGCUGGCCACGUUGCUGGGCUACAAAGAGGCGAGCAAGACUGGUAUCUAUCAGUGGCCUUGCAGUUUCAUCAAGGCCGACGACGCCUGGGUGGACGACUCGGAUGAGGGAAACACAAGCUUUUUCAGCAAGCCGAAGGACGAGCUGAAGAAGAGGCGGAUUGUGAAGAAGGCUAGACGGGGAUACUGAGUGAUAUUCUGCGCCAGUCCGUUCCCUCGGAGUUAACGGCAGAUUGGGCGCAAGGUUUAUAGCAUUGUUGGAGAGAGCUCCUCGAAAGGCUCUCCACAACAGCAAGGGCCUGGAAUUAUUCUUUGCCGUUCCACGGGAGACAGCUGUGUCAGCGAGACUCUCCGUGAAACUGGCGCUGAUGGCGAGCAGGACGGUUGCUUUGGAGAUGUAGCACCACAGUUGAUGGUGCUUGGAAGGUCUGGUUGGACAAUACUCUGUACACAUGAACAAAAUAGCUUAAUUGCCAGUCUUGCACUUGCUAGCCGUGGCUUCGUU